UUGGUAGUUUUUUUUUGGAUGACAAUAUGAAUAUUGUUGCUAUCGAAUAGUUAAGUUACAUCUCUUUCAAGUUCAAUUAUAAUUCAUGUUGUUACGAUAUGGUUCCAUCGGACUGAAUUAAUUUCUAAAAGAAAUAAUAUCGCAUGCUACAUUCUUACGGAUAAACUCUUUUAUUAUAUCAUAAUGACGAUUUUACUACAUUUAACACGGCAGAUAUAAAGUCAGGUUCAGUGUUUUGUUCAAAAUACAUUUUAUGGAGUUUUACGACCGAACAAAGGUAGUUUAAAUCUAAGCAGGUUGACACUUUUCUUUUGUAUAUUAUUAUUUCAAUGCAAUCAAAUUUUAUUUGAAUAUGCAAGACUUGGCCUUUUCAUAUAAUUGCAGUGUUUUUUCGUAAAUAACAAACUCUAUGGCAAAUCUAAAACAAGAACUACCUGAAUGGUGCCAAGAAGACUUCGUCCAUUUCCAAGAUACUUUCACAUACUCUAAAGAAGACAAAGUUCUAGAAUGGAAUGAUCAUUUAUUUAUUCCGCAGUUUCAUCCAGAUACAGUAUCUUAUGCAUUCGACCAUCAUGAGCCAAGAGAAAACGAAGUGAUGGUGGCAUCGUGUGUAAAAACAGGCACAACAUGGACUCGAGAAAUUAUUCGUCAGAUAUUGUAUGGAAGGGACGAAAAACUUGAUAAACUGACAAAAGAUAUCACUUUACCGCAUUUGUAUCUUGAAACAUGUACACCUUCAAAGUUCAAUGUCAUGCACAAUAUUCCUAUACCUAGAAGAUAUUUUGUUACACAUCUACCAGCUGAAUUGGUGAAUUUAGAAAAAUACGAAAAAAGGAACAUAAAGAUCGUUUACACAUUGCGGAAUCCAAAGGACAGGCUGGUAUCGUUCUUUCAUUUUGUUAAGGGAUUUCCUUGGCAGGGUGAAUUAGCAAGAUUUUCACCCGAUGAUUGGAACGAUUAUUUUGAACGACAAAUGAAAGAUCCUCUUCCUCUGGCCAUACGAAAAGGAGAAUCAUAUUUGGAUCACAUUUUGAGUUGGCUGCCGCAUAUAAAAAACAACAAGAAUGCAAUAUUGAUCGUGUAUGAAGAAAUGAUAAAAAAUCCUUUCGAAAAAACAAAAGAGUUGUCAGAAUUCCUGGGAGUAGAACUAUCAGAUGACGAAAUCUAUGAAAUAGUUAAAAAUUGUUCAAUUGACAACAUGAAGAAGUCGGAUAUGGAAUCGAAAUCAGAAGAUGGAAUGAAUCGCCAUGCAACUAAGCAAUGCUUUACAGGAACCAUUGGCAAGUGGAAAAACUAUUUUACCGCGGAACAAUCUGAUGAAAUAGAUAGACAAGUUGAAGAAAAGAUGAAAGAAACAGGAAUCGAAUUUAUAUAUGAAUAGGUUUUUAUCGUAGAAUAUUCAACUCAUUCUAAUUUAACCGUUAGGCCCCAAGCCGACUGGAAGCAAAUUUGAGAACUUGUAUUAAUUCAGUAUAAACUUUAUUAUUCUUGCCAAUCGCUUAAGCUUGUUAUUAAUGUACUAAUGAGUAUACUGGGAACUUUAGUCUUUUAGCAUUAAAAAAUUUAAUUUGGUCGUUUAAUUUUUCAUAUAUAUAUAUAUAUAAUUUAAAUAUAUAUACUAAAUUUAUAUUAUUUAUAA